UAACUACUCACACAACUUGUGCAUGCAGCAGGGGUGUGUGCAUGUAGCACUCUGCCUGUGUGGUUACCAGACAUCCACUUCCUCUUUAGCUCUCACAUCAACACAACGUUAAAACACGGAAGUCCUGGCAGCACUCUGUCUCUCAAGAGGCUUUAAGCUAACAGGGAGGGCGGGGGUUGGUUCUGAACGGUUCUGGGGCUCCCAGGUGAUCCACGACGGAUGAGAGAUGAGUCGAGGAGGGAAAUCAAAAGCUCAGGACCACGUCCACAGCGUGCUCCUGAGCAUCCAGGAGAAUGAGCGGGUGGAGGACAUGCUGGGGAGGAGAUGUGUGACGCUGGCGACUGCAGUGGUUCAGCUGUACAUGGCCGUGCCUCACUCUCCCAACCAGUGGAGCAUCCAGCACACAGCCAUCGUUUGCUUCGUCAAGGACAGCCCCAGACGCUCCUACUUCAUCCGUCUCUUUGACAUCAAGGAGGGAAAGCAGAUAUGGGAGCAGGAGCUGUAUGAGGAGAUGACAUACUCCAGCCCUCUAACCUAUUUCCACACCUUCUCAGCAGAUGACUGCCAGGUGGGUCUGAACUUUUCGAGCGAUCAAGAAUCCGAGGCCUUCAGGGGAGCCGUGGAAGACAAGAUUGCCCAGAGGGCUCAGCGCCAAGAGAAGAGACAGCAUCAUACAAGUAAAGAGAAACGUGGCCUGCCGCCACUGCCCCCUCCUAAUGGACCUGGUCCAGGAUCACCGGUAGCAUCUCUGGCCACUGUCGACAUCUCAACCCCUGACAUAUCGCCAUCACGCUAUCGACCCCCUGUCCCAACUCCUGCUGGUCUCUCCAGCCUGGGGAAAGGAAAGAAGGAGAAAAAGAGCAAGAAGAAAUCAGGCAAACUCACCAAGGCCGACAUCGGCGCUCCCAGUGGAUUCAUGCAUGUGACACAUGUUGGAUGGGAUCCAAACAAAGGUUUUGAUACCCAGAACCUGGACCCAGACCUGCACAAACUCUUCGCUAAGGCAGGAAUCAGUGAAGAUCAGCUGAUGGACCCGGCGGCCUCUAAACUCAUUUAUGACUUCAUAGAGCAGAACGGGGGUCUGGAUGGGGUCCGCAUGGAGAUGAGGAAAGACGAAACUCGUAGUGGCCAUUCCGCUCCUGCACCCCCUCCCCCGCGCGGUGACCAUGGCCUGCCCCCUAUCCCAGGUCAUCCCCCUCGAGGGCCCCCAUCCCGAAGCCCAGGGCCUUCCUCCAGUCGUGGUCCUUUACCCCCUCCUCCACCUGUGGGCAGACCAGGGCCCCCGGCACGUCCUCCGCUCCCCUCUGGCCAUGCGCCUCCCCCACCUCCUGCUCAUGGUGGUGGCUACUCAGCAGCACCUCCACCGCCUCCGCCAAUGGGUGGAGGAGGACCCCCGCCUCCCCCUCCGCCUCCGCCCCCGCCACCUGCCUCUGGUCCGGUGUCCUGCCCCUCCAGCAGUCCUCGGAGCCCAGCUACUUCCAAUCCUCCUCCUCCUCCUGUUCCAGCUGGAGGGGGUAGAGGUGACCUGCUGGACCAGAUUCGGUCGGGGAAGAAGCUAAAGAUGGUGUCAGAUUCAGACUCAGGCCCCCCCCCGGCUCAGCCCGAGGAGGGAAUUGUGGGAGCACUCAUGAUGGUUAUGCAGAAGAGGAGUAAAGCCAUCCACUCCUCAGGAGAUGAAGAGGAUGAUGGUGGUGAUGAUGAAGACGAUGAAGAAUGGGAUGAUUAAUUUUGUCAUGUUGGUUAUUUUUCAAAGUUCUGUCUCUACAAUUCCCUCAUGUUUUCUUUAGUUUGACUCAGUGAAAACCAAUGUAAUAUCACAGCACUGACCCGUUUUGUAAAUAUAUAAUACCUUUGCAGAUAUCUAAGUUCACAUAAAUGUCCUACAAAUAAUCUACAAUCUACUUAAGGAUGAAAAUAGUUUACACUGUUCCUUGUCCUGUCCAUGAAGUAAUAUUGAAAGAGGCUUCAGUGUUUUGGGUACACUUCAGACUUUAAUGCCAUUGACAUGUUUUUGAAAAGGAGUCCAAUAUAGAUUCAUAACGCACAGAGAAUGAUAAAAAAAUAAUGUCCAACUUUCUGUGUUGCUGGUGUUCAAUACCCUAACUGUAGAUUUCCAGGGAGAAUUUUUGUCAUUAUUCACCCGAGCCGACAGGAUGUUUUCGUGGUCUCCUGUGUGGUUAGUCCAAAACAAUUGAAGUCCCCAGAACAUACAAUAAAUCUGAGGGGUUUGGACCGAGGAUAUAGCACCCCCCUCUGCAGGACUGGCUGAGUACAGCAAAAAUGUUGGCAAAAGUUUGCGGAAAAAAACUGUCUAUGUGGCAGUGCACACUGCCAAACCAUGACUGGUAACUGGUAAAUCAUUAAGUGCUCGAGUUUUUUUAUUAUUUUUUUAAAGAGCUGUCCAUACUGUCCAAUUGUUAAGGACUCCCACCGCUGACACGCACACACAUACACACACACACAAUAUGGUUCUCCAGAAAUGAAGUGUGAGUGAAAGUCAAAUAAAAACAAAAACACAGAG